AUGGCAGCGGGGGACGAUUUCGGCUACCUGGUUCCGCCGCCUCAGGGCGAGAAGCACCGGCGGGCCCCCAACUGGACCGACGGCGAAAUGAAGGCCCUGCUCUACGUUUGGGAGGAGAACCACAACGAGCUGAAAACCAGCAAAAGGAACGCCAAGGUUUACGAGAGGAUGUCGCAGCGCUUCUUCCGGCUGACGGGCGAGCAACGUUUUAAAGAGGAGAUCAAGAUGAAGAUCACCAACAUGUCUUUCCAGUACAGGCGACUUAAGUCCGUCGCCGCGGAAAGCGGCGAAGCGCCCGACUGGCCUUACUACAAGGUCAUCGAGAAGAUCCUCUCCAAGCCGCCGGAGGUCGGGCGAGCGGACCGGGCGGAGACCCGGGCCCCGUCCGGCGCCGGGACGUCGUCCGGGCCGCCCUCCGCCGCCGAGGCCGAGGCCCCGCCGGACGAAGACGGGGCGCCCGCGGGCUACCUGCCCGAGUAUACGGGCUCCUCCGACGAAAUGGAGAUCAAGCAGGAGCUGGACUCCUGGAGCUCGGACAGCGAGCGGACGCAAUGCUCCGGCUCUCGGCCCGUUCCGAGCACCGAGCGGAAGAGCGACCUUUCCGUGAAGCGCAGGAAGCUGCGGCUGAUGCGGGCCAUGCUGUGGCAACAGAAACGCUCCAGCCGGGCCGUGGAGGACACGUGCCGGGAGGUCCGGCGGGCCUUGCGCCAGCAGAACCUGCUGCAGGUCCAGUGCAUGCAGCUGCAGGAGCGCAUGAUGAACCUUCUGGAGAAGAUGAUCCUGCCGCCGCCGUCGCCGGUCACAAGAACCAACGCGCCGCUCCCGAUGUAG